UCCACGUAAGUGCUUCUACUUCUCUGACCAGGUAUUGUAGAGAAUUCCACAAAUGUUCUCCCAAUUCCUCUCUGACUUCCUGAUUAUCUCUGGCUCUCAAGUAAAUGUCGGAGCUUUUCAGAUGGCUCUUAAAGUGUGCGAUAAAAUUGUUGGAGAAGGAAAACCUUGCUUCAUCGUAGCAGAAAUCGGUCAGAAUCAUCAGGGAGAUAUUAACCUGGCCAAGGAAUUGAUACUGGAGGCGAAACAAUGCGGCGUGGAUUGUGUGAAGUUCCAGCGAUCAAAUCUCAGUGCGAAGUUUACCAGGAGCGCUCUCGAGCGGCCUUACACCUCGCUGAACUCCUUCGGAGCCACUUAUGGAGAGCACAAGAGCUUCUUGGAGUUUUCUGCUGAGGAUUUCCGGGAUUUGCAGAGAUUUUCCGCAGAGAAUGAUAUAAUCUUUACAGCUUCUGCGAUGGACGAAGUUGCUCUGGAUGAACUUCUGGCCAUGGGAGUGCCUCUGGUGAAGAUUGGCUCCGGAGAUGCCAACAAUUUGCCGCUGAUAAAGAAAGCCAGAGAUUCAGGAGUGCCACUGAUCAUCUCAACAGGCAUGCAAAGACAGGAAACCAUUGAGCAGAUCCACUCUCUGAUGGCGGAGAGAUCUUUCGGGCUUCUGCACUGCGUCUCCUCCUAUCCCACAAGAGUGCAGGAUGCCAAUAUUCAGUUCAUUGAGGUGUUUCAGAAGUGCUUUCCCAAGGCUAUCGUCGGAUAUUCUGGUCACGAGAUUGGUCAGGAGAUUUCUCUGGCCGCUGUUGCGAUGGGAGCUAAAAUUGUGGAGCGACACUUCACGCUGGACAAGAAUCUCAAAGGAUCUGACCACAAAUGCUCCCUUGAGCCGAAGGAAAUGAGUCAAUUUGUGGAGAAUGUGAGAAAACUAGAGCAUUUCCUCGGCGAAAAACGGAUUCACGAUGUUUCAGAGAUCAUCUCUGCCCUGAUUACCCUGAACAUGAUCCCAAAAGUUGAUCUAAACUCAGCCUUCUCAGGAGAAAAGUGCCGGAAAUUAUUGCAAUGUGAAAUUGACUGCUUCCAGAAACUGGGAAAAUCUCUGGUCUUCUCCAGAGACGUGGAAUCUGGAGAAGUUCUGACACAAAACCACCUGGCAAUCAAGGUCAGCCAGCCUAAAGGCCUUCAACCGGAGGAAAUGGAUAAGAUUCUCGGCCGAAGACUCUCGAAAGCCGGAAAAUUUGAUACUCCCAUUCAGGAG